GAUGGUCGAACCUGUUUUGCUAAUUUUCAAAUCUGACAACAAAUAUUGAAAUUAAAAAUAUGAAAAAAAUAUUCUGAAACAAAAUGUUUUCUAUGGAUGAUUGUAUUCAAGAAAUAUUGUUAGUGAAAAAACUUAGCUUCGAAAUUAUUUCAAAACAAAAUCUAGAAAAUAUAGACCAAAUUUAUUCUAUUCUCAUUAGUGAUGAAACAAAAACAGCCGAAAUUGUUAAAAAUACAAAACUUGAAUUACUUGGGGUAUUUGUUAUGAUAGCGCGAAAUAACAAUGAGAAACCAAAAGAAGAUAGAAAAAUACACAUGUUGGAAAUAGUGUCCCUCACACUUAGUCAUAUCAAACUGAAUCAUAAUGAAUCACUAUUCUUUUUAAAUUUGUUUGGAACUUUCAUUCAAGAGGUUUAUGAAAUAGAAAAUUGCGCAUUGAAACAUACCAGUGAAGAACAUAUGUGGCAGGUUUUGUGUUGUAUUCGAUUACUAUUCGAUUCAAUUACUGAUGAACUUUGUCUCUUCUUAUAUACGAAAGAAAAUUCAAUGAGAAUGUGCAAAGUUAUAUACAUUGUUGGCAAAGUUCUCAAGUCCAGAAGUCGUAAUUUGAAAUUAGAAGCAAUCAAAUGUCUCAUGUCAGUGUUUAGGGUUUCUCCAAUCUUAGAUCUGGAAGAUCUUUUUUGUGAUAUCAUAGUUGCCGAAACAAUAGCAGAUUGUUUUUCUUAUUUUUUGCCGGGUAUUGCUUUGUCUUUAGGAAGUAUUAUUUUAGAGGGUGAACGAGUUGGUCAAAUUAUAUUGCAGUUAACUACAGAGGCCAUAGGCAAAAUAAUGACAAUAUUACUGAAAAAUUAUAAAAACAGAAGUGAUUCUUUGGAGGAUGCCAAAGCAAUGGUUUUAAGUAGACUCAAGUCCUCAUCAGAAAUAAAAAAAGAGCCUUCAAAAAACAAAAAAGAAGAUUUUCUUAAUAUGAAGAGGACACAAGAAUGGUUUAAAACAUCUGACCAACAUUUAGCACCGUUAUUUACAAAAUUCAAAUAUUUAACACAGCAUUAUUCUGAUGAAGUCAGAUUGAACUUGGCUAAAAUGUGCUGCUCUUUGAUCGAGCAUUGUUAUGAGAAUAUACCACAAUCUUCAUAUCAACUCAUUGAAAUGCUAAUCUUGAUGUUAGAUGAUGAAAAUGAGGAGGUUUCAUUCCUUUGCAUGGAUAUGUUUGACGUGCCAAUUUUAGAACAACAAAUAACAAAUAUAUUAUCGGAUAGGUUCUAUGAAAAUUUCUCCAAAAUACCUUCAGUUUUCAACGGACUAGAUGCGAAAGAACAAAUCAAUAUUCUGAAACUCACAUCGGCUUCCAUUAAAUUAGUUGGAAAUAAAAUCAAAUGCUACAGUUCCUUCAAGGAAUUUCAACGUACACUUCUCUAUCUUUGCGAAGUUGAAAUCGAUACAUCUUCAUUUGCCGAAGUGAUUUCCCAUGAAGAUCUGGACGGAGAUCAGCCAAUUUCUGCGAGUUUAUGGAAAAAUUUCAAAUUCAUGAAGGAAGAAAAUGUGAGAAAGCAGUUUUGUGAAUUGUGCAAAAUCAUAUACCAAGCAGAUCUUUAUCCUGUCUUAUCGGAUUACCUCAUCAAUAUCGUCGCUUUUGGUGAUGAAAAAGUGGAAGCUUUCUACUUGUUGAAUCAACUUUUAGAAGGUAUAAACAUGGCAAAUUCUGAAUCGGAGGAGGGUCUAUUGGAUCUCAUCAAACCUACUUUCCAAAUAUACAUAGACAACUGGGAUAUACCGUUAACAAUUGAUGAAGACGAGUGUACUUCUUUAAAGACCUUGAGGAUGAACAUUUUGACAGCGGGGUUAUUGUGCGAAGGUGUAGGUUUGAUGGCAUGUCACGCUAAAGGAGAACAGCAAUUCAGGCCCUUUCUCUUCAACUCCCUGUACAAAGUUUUGAUUAGAGCAGCAUCCACCCACUACCAGAUACAGGCGGCCGCCACGACCGCCUUAAGAAAAAUGGCCUCCGGCCUAGGCUACCACAACGUCACAGAACUGUUGAACGACAACAUGGAUUUCUUCCUCUUCAACAUCGAAAGAGGGCUGAAGAAGACCGACUACAAAGGGGAGGUGUUCGAGGUUAUGGAAAUGGUCAUGAAGUACGGAGAUGUAUCCAUCUUGCGGCACUUCUCCGAUUUCGUCUACGACGUUCUGGUCCAGUCUUUCGACAGGUUCAAGCAGAACAGGAUAGACUCGUACCUGAGGGUGUUCAGGAUCUUCCUGAGGAGCCUGCUUAGGUGGUUCGAGGUCGAGGUGCCUGCAAGGGUGUUCCUAACGAAGGAGGAGCUUAGGGAGGAGGAGUUACGGAAUUUCAAGGUGGGGGGUUUAGAGGACGACCCAGAGAAGAUGAAUGAUUUUUCUGAUGAGGUUAUGGGUAAGUCUGCCGAAGAGAUGUAUAGGGAAGAUAUGGAGAGGAAGGAAGGAGGUUUGGAAGAUGACUACUUGGAGCCUAAAGCUGAAGCCUACGAAAAGCCGAAACUUCCUUUGCACGUCAAAAUAACUGUGGAGAUACUCAAAAGGAGCCUGAACUUCCUGCCUUCCAAAGACACAGACAGAAAGCUCUUGGUGCUCGAACUACUGAGGAAUGGCGUUGAAAUCAUCAGGGAUUUCGAAGACGAACUUCUGCCCAUCGUUCACCUGAUCUGGUCACCCCUGGUCGAUAGGUUCAAAGAGGUGGAUUCUCCUGUGAUAUUGAACAAUAGCUUUCAGUUGUUGGUGGUUUUGGGGAGGCUUUCGAAGGAUUUUAUAAGGAACAGAACGGCUAAGGAUGUGUUACCGAGUAUUCUUUCCAUAUUAUCAACCUUCUCUGAAAAAAGUUACUUGAAAGACAGAGGAUCCUCCUACAGGUACACUCUGGACUACAAGUUGCAGUUACUCAUUUUGGAAAAUUUGGUUUAUCUCGUCACCGACAUCCAACUGUUGGAAAAAGAUAUCGAAAGCGCAAUGGAAGUCGUGCUUUUGUAUCUGAGCGACAAACAACCGAUGCCACUUCAAGUCGAGGCUGUGAAAUUCCUGAAUCUGAUAACCCGAUACGAUCCCAUUUUCGAGGGCAAAAUAAAUAAGUGGUCCCUCAAGACAGAAAAACAAUAUGAGAAAAACUUAAAUUUAAUUUUGAACAAAGAAAUGUUUAAUCUGUGGGCUGGAUAGAUAUAAUAGCUGUUU